ACAUCCCGCAGUUGCUAGAGAACCUCCGCAGGAUACAAAAAGCUAGAAAGCCCUUCCAAGAUUUUCCCCCCCUUUAUUUAUAGUGGCAGAUCUAUUAUAAAGCUGUUUCUUGGAAGUCUUAUUGCUCUCCUUUUUUACCCAUCUAACAUCAAUUACCCGCCCCUUUCGUUCGGUUUCCUACCAGGAGCUCUGCUCAUCCCUGCAGCCAUGGCUGGUGAUAUAGGACCUCUCUCACAGCUUCUUGAAGCAAGUGUGGACCCAAGACAACACAAACAAGCGGAGGCAACACUUCGUCAGGAGGAGGCAAAACCUGGCUUUUCCAUUCUCCUACUACAGAUUACCGCUUCCGCUUCUACUCCCUAUAACACCCGUUUAGCAAGCGCAUUAUGCUUCAAAAACUUUAUCAAGCGCUAUUGGACCGAUGAGGAUGGCAACUAUAAGCUUCCGCUCGACGAAGUAACCACAAUCAAGCGAGAACUGAUCAGCUUAAUGAUUUCCGUACCUGCAGGCAUCCAGACUCAAUUGGGCGAGGCCGUGAGCGUAAUAGCUGAUAGUGACUUCUGGGAAAGAUGGGAUACCCUUGUGGAUGAUCUGGUUUCGAAAUUUUCACCCGACAAUCCCGUUGUGAAUAUUGGUGUUUUGCAGGUGGCACACUCGAUUUUCAAAAGAUGGCGACCCUUAUUUCGGUCGGACGACUUAUAUAUUGAGAUAAACCAUGUCUUAGGGAAAUUUGGGAAUCCAUAUCUGUCCCUGUUUGAGUCGCUUGAUACCUUCCUAGAACAGAACAAAUCCCAUAAGGAACAGCUUACUCAGGGUUUCACACAGCUCAAUUUGAUGAUAAAGCUGCUUUAUGACCUAUCUUCCCAUGAUUUGCCGCCAAUGUUCGAGGAUCACCUUUCAGCAAUAGCCACCCUCCUGCUAAAGUAUCUGGUAUACGAUAACACGCUACUCCAUACAAACGAUGAAUCGGAAGCAGGGCAACUGGAGUUUGUAAAAGCUGGAAUCUUCCAGGUUUUGACGCUCUAUGUACAAAAGUAUAGCGAUGUAUUUGGAAGCCAUGUUCAACAGUUUAUCGGGAGCUCCUGGAACCUUCUCACGACGAUCGGAGAAAAUACAAAAUAUGACAUAUUGGUUUCCCGAGCCCUCCAGUUUUUGACUUCUAUUGCGAGAAUUCCAGAGCACGCUGUCGCAUUCCAAGACGAGAGUACCUUGAGUCAAGUCACCGAAAAGGUCAUCCUUCCUAAUAUCAGCCUGCGUGAGUCUGAUAUUGAGAUGUUUGAAGAUGAGCCAAUUGAAUUCAUCCGCAGAGAUCUAGAGGGCUCAGAUAGUGAUACGAGGAGGCGGGCUGCUACGGAUUUCUUAAGGCAACUGCUGGAAAAAUUCGAACAAUCGGUCACAAAAGUUGUGACCCAGUAUGCGGAUCAUUACCUCGCGGAAUAUAACAAGAACCCAUCAGAACAGUGGAAAGCGAAAGAUACUGCAGUCUAUCUAUUUUCGGCUAUAGCGGCGAAAGGCGUUGCCACCGCCAGCCACGGAGUUACAAGCACUAACAGCUUGGUUAAUAUCACUGAUUUCUUCCAAAAACAUUUGGCAUCUGAUCUGGUUGCAGAAACUGGUAUACAGCCGAUUCUUAAAGUGGAUGCCAUCAAAUACCUCUAUGCAUUCCGGAGUCUGAUAACAAAGGAACAAUGGCAGGAAGUCCUGCCCCUUCUGGUGAAACAUCUUGGUGCGUCGGAAUACGUCGUGUACACAUAUGCCGCUGUGGCAGUGGAGCGGAUACUAUUCCUUACGGAUGGCAAGGGUCAACCCGUCAUCCCGCCUAGCUCGAUUACUCCCUUAGCUGGAGACCUUCUUGAACACAUCUUCCGAUUAAUAGAGAAAGACCCAGCUGCACCGAAAGUACAAGAGAAUGAGUUCUUGAUGAGGUGUGUCAUGAGGGUACUUAUCGUUAUCAAGGAAGCUGUCGUCCCGCUGACGGACAGCAUCUUACGGCACUUCAUCACUAUCACUCAAAUUAUCAGCACGAACCCGAGCAAUCCAAGGUUUUAUUACUACCAUUUCGAAGCUCUGGGUGCUUUGAUUAGAUUCGCUGCACCAGCACAGCCAACGAAACUCGAGGAGGCGUUGUAUCCUCCUUUUGUCGCAGUUUUACAGAACGACGUGCAAGAGUUCGCUCCCUAUGUAUUCCAGCUUCUGGCGGCAUUGCUCGAGACCAACCCAUCCGGGACACUCCCUGAGUACUAUCAGAACCUAAUCACUCCAAUAAUCAUGCCAAACAUGUGGGAGUCGAAAGGCAAUGUUCCAGCCCUUGUUCGCUUGCUAUCAUCGAUUAUCCCGCGUGGAGCAGACUCCAUUACGAAAAAUAAUCAAAUUGAGCCCAUUCUUGGUAUUUUCCAGAAGCUCGUCUCAUCAAAAGCGAAUGAGAGCUAUGGUUUUGAUCUUCUUGAGAGUGUCAUUGCUAACUUCCCUUCAACACUGCUGGAGAAAUACUUUGUUUCUAUUAUCCAAAUAAUCCUCACCCGCCUCCAAAACUCCAAGACGGAAAACUUCGCUCUCCGUUUUGUUCGAUUCUACCACUUCAUUUCUGCCAAUGAUGCCAAGGGCUACAGCGCCGAUUUCUUCAUCCAAGUGACAGAGAACAUACAAUCAGGCGUUUUCACACCGAUUUAUCUCAACAUAAUCCUCCCCGAAACUCAAAAACUCGCGCGCCCUCUCGACCGAAAAAGCGCCGUGAUCUCCUUUACAAAAACACUCGCAACCUCAGAAGCUUUUGCCUCCCGUUACAAGAAGGGGUGGGCAUUCACGUGUGAAGCACUACUAACGCUGCUCAGCCAACCUCCCCUCCCAGCCACAAAGGACGACAUCAUUGCCGAAAACGACGUAGAGGAUAUGGCGUUCGGCGUUGGCUUUACGCAGCUGAACACCAUCCGGCCGACAGCUAAGGAUCCGUGGCCGGAGGUUCCUGGGCCGCAGUAUGGUGUGUGGGCUGGGUCGUACUUGAAGGAGGCGGAUAAGAAGCAUGGAGGGAAGAUUUCGAACUUUGCGCAGGAGAGAUUGAGCCCGGAGGCGAAGGCGGGGUUGGCGGCGUAUAUUGGCGGGUGAUAUUUGGUAUCGCGGGGAUUGGAGGUGGAGGGGAAAAUUUCGGAGGGGCUAUUUUGAUUAGAUGAAUUGAUCCUGAGUUAAGGGGGCCGAUGGGUGGGACGACCUGAUGAACAUGAGGCUGGGUUAAACGUAAGAGGGAUAUAAUAUUUUCACAGCUUGCUCAUCAUACUCUGAGAGACGUAAGAGAGACGUAAGAGAGUUCUCCUUACACAUGUGCGGAAUAUAAGAAUAUAGCAUCACAUAUGCUUAACCGGUAAAUUUUGUUUUCUCGCCGUUUACGCAAAACACAGAAUCAGAUGAUAGUGUUCUGACGAGGUUGAUGAUGCCUUUCAAUCGGCUCCACGGUAACUCUGCAAUAAACUCUCCCGUUUCUCUUUUAUUUCAAAUACUUAGGCCUGACAGGUAUUGAAUGAAUGUAUGAUACGAUUCCAGUUUGGAGAAAGAGAGCCGGAAAGGAUAGAUAGGAUAGCAUAUCAUGAGAUAUAUCAACAGCGCAUAGACACAAAUAUCCCCCACGGUUUAGCCAUCCCAUUCUACAGCCCAUAAACCCCAUCCCACCAACCCACCCCACCCAACUGGCUAUAUCACAAUGCAUGGAAAAACAUCCACUCGUGAAUCAUGCUGGCCCUUCCCAUCCAUUCCUUGCUAAAAUCAGAUAAACCUCCCACCAAUCCCAUCAUCCCUCCACAUUUCCCAACAUCCAAGUCAUUCGUUACAUGGUAUAUCCGCAUCCGUUUAACGGGUCCAGGGAUAGGAUUAGGGGGCCCGCUGAGCCAUCGAUCAAGAAAAGGGCCAACGAAACAAAAAUGCAGAACCACCCCCCGUUGUAAAUCAGUUUAUACGGGGCAAGACUAGGCAAAGUAGCGAACAAGGUGGGGGGUAUUGUUAGUUCAUGUAUGUACUAUUCUUUGCAUGGAACAAAAACGAAAAACCAAGAGCGAGAACGAGAACGAGUGGUCUUGAGGUAGAAAAGAUGCGUAUACUCACGGCACCGCAAGAAGUGCACUUCUUGACUUCUCCGGCGGUGGUGGCUCCGCAUUUUGGGCAGUUGCCUUCGUGCAUGUUGAGGGUUUGGAGUUGGUGGUGGUUUUGGUGGGAGGUUUUCGUUUUCGUUUCUUUCUUGCUUUCUUGUAGAUGAAUGGAUGGGUGUGAUUUGUGUAGAAUGAGGUUUGUAUGGUCUGUUAUGGAGUGACGGGAGGAGGAGGAAG